AUGCCAAGAGACGGUGCCGUUUCGUGUCUACAAAGAUCAGCAGAAAUGGUCGGAAUAGGAAUCGGAGAAUUAGAUUCUCCGCCGCUUGAUUCCGACCAGGUUCACGUCCUCGCCGUUGAUGACAGCCUCGUCGAUCGUAUCGUCAUCGAGAGACUGCUUCGUAUCACCUCCUGCAAAGUCACGGCGGUUGAUAGUGGAUGGCGUGCUCUCGAAUUCUUAGGAUUGCAAGAAGAUAAAUCAUCCGUCGAAUUCGACAGAUUGAAGGUUGAUUUGAUAAUCACUGAUUAUUGUAUGCCUGGAAUGACUGGAUACGAGCUUCUCAAGAAGAUUAAGGAAUCGACAAGUUUCCGGGAAGUUCCGGUUGUAAUUAUGUCGUCGGAGAACGUACUCACACGAAUCGACAGAUGUCUUGAAGAAGGUGCGGAGGAAUUUUUACUUAAACCGGUGAAACUCGCCGACGUGAAACGGUUGAGGAGUUACUUGACGAGAGACGUUAAAGUCUCCGACGGAAACAAACGGAAUCUUCCGGAAGAUUUAAGCCGUUUCUCUUCUCCGCCGCCGCCGCCGUCGUCAUCGUCAUCCAUCACUUCGAUGGAAUCUUUGGACUCUUCGUCUCCCGUGGAAUUCGUAUCCUCUUCGCCUCCGUCUCCGGUUAUUGCUGACGAUUCGUUGACAUCGUCGCCGGUGGAGUCUCCGAUAAGACUCCGUUAA